CAAAAGUUGUAAUAGCAUGUGCAAUUUUGUCGUAAAACUCUUUGAUAACUUUAUUCAUGGCAAAUUUACAAUCUUUCUUGUGAUAUUCCUGGUGAAUUUUUUCAUCCUUAUUUUAAAUUUUACUACAUCAUCUUGACAAAAUUACAGGAUAAUAAAGAAAAUAGUAACUUAAUGGAAGAGAAAGGGAAUCUUGCCUCAAUAAAUAUUUGAUUUAUUUCUAUGAAACCUUGAAUGCAUCGUCCCAAGCAGAAGAUGAAUUGGAAUGUAAACAGCAACAAACAAGAAGCAGGAAGUGGCAGGAAAUGGAAAUCUGGGAAAUAUAUGGCUUUGGGCAGGAAGCCAAGAAGAGGCUUUUGAAACAUAGGGUAUAAUUAAAUUAGAUCGCUUGGAUCUAUAUUGGAAAGCAACAGAUUGAUAUUUAAGCUCCUAUAAUAUCGCGAUUGUGUUGUUUUUGCCCUUGCUUGCUGCUGCGACCGUUGAUUAUAUCGUAAGAUGGAAGUCGAAGAUGGGAAGUUUAGACACAUACGACAGUUUUUUGCCGAGGACGCCUGGGAAGCCCUAAGUGAUCUCGAGAAGCAAGUUUAUUGUAACAUGAAGUCCAACUAUGACAAGUUAUCUGAACUCGGAAUCGCGGGUCACCCGCCGUCGUUCAUGCGCGCACCGCCGCCGCCGCCCCGGCCGGCCCGACCGAAGCGUCCUCGACCAGCGAGGUCGGCCGACGACGGCGACGAUGACUGGAGUCCGUCGCGAUGCGUCCGGCCGGCCCAGCGGCGGUCGCGUUCCACCGUGCGACGUGGCGCCGCCAAGAGCAAGUUCCAGCCGCCGGUGAAGAGGACGGCGACGGUGACAUCGGCUGAGACGGCGCCCGCUGCUUCCUCGGCCGUGUGCGGUGAGCACGUCCAGUCGCAGGAGCGGCGGCCGGUCACCACAGAGGGGGCAGCAAAGGAGGCGGACCGGUCUCCGCACCGGCCGCCGUCGCCGCCGUACGAUUUCAUCGGCUUUACGCUCGAGGAUCAGUUCAAGGCCCGGCACGCUGUGGACACGAAAGCUGAACUGCUGUGGAACCACAUCAUCGCCGAGUUCAAGGACUUGGGAGAAGAGCCUCCCGAGCGGGAGGUGUUCAAACGCCGCCGGAACACGGUCAACUACCGGGAGGAGGAGGACCUGGACGACGACGACUACAUCUUCUGUGACGAGUGUGACCGCGAGUGGGAGGGCGACUGUCCUGUCCACGGGCCCCUGGAGGUCGUACCCGACAACAAGGUCCCGUUCGACAUUGGCGAUCCAGAGAGAGACAUCAAGACCCGUCCCGAGUUCCUCAACCCGGGCCGGUCCAAAAUCCCCGGAGCCAACACCGGCAUUUGGACGGAGAAGGACCUGCCGGCGCGGCUGAGGUUCGGUCCCUACGAGGGUAUCGUCACCGCCGACCGACGCCAGGCCACCGACUCGGGCUACAGCUGGGAGAUCAAAAAGUGUCGCCGCGUGCACCACUACGUGAACGCCGGCGACUCGAGCUCCAGCAACUGGCUGCGGCUGGUCAACUGUGCCCGCUUCGAGCAGGAGCAGAACCUGAUCGCCUUCCAGUACAAGGGCCAGAUGUACUACAGGACGUACAAGCCGAUUGUGAAGGGCUCCGAGCUGCUGGUCUACUACGGAGACGCCUACGCCCGGGAGCUCAACAUCAACGUGCAGACGUUCAGGAAGGCUCCGGCCGCCGCCCCGCCGCCAGCAGCCUUCGUGUCAGGUGGCUCCACGGUCCGCUGCGUCCACUGCGACUACACCUGUCUGGGACAGGAGCGGCUGGACAGGCAUGUGAAGACAUGGCACGGUCACAUCGGCAGGAACGGACGGUACAAGUGUGAGUGGUGUGAGUACUCGACGAACAACGUGCAUAAUUUGAUUAACCAUCGCCUCACCCACACGGGAGAGCGGCCCCACCACUGUGACGAGUGCGGCAGGACGUUUACUGAGCGCGGUCAUCUGACCCGUCACCACCGUACACACACCGGCCAGAGACCGUACGUGUGUGACGUCUGUGGGAAGGCGUUCACACAGAACAGUCACCUAACGAGCCACAGACGGAUCCACACCGGGGAGAAGGUGCGUCAGUGUGAGCAGUGUGGCGCCGUGUUUAACCAGCUGUCUAAUUACACCAAACACAUGCAGUCACACAACGGUGUGAAGCCGCACCGGUGCCAGGUGUGCUCGGCCCGGUUUGUCAGACAGGAGACCCUCACCACACACAUGCGGACUCACACGGGGGAGCGGCCGUACGGGUGCUCAUUCUGCCCGGCACGGUUCGCGCAGCAGUCGGUCAUGAGGAAACACGUCACCGCCCGGCACACACACGACUACCGACACAGGUGUGAGCGGUGUGGCAAGGGAUUUGUGGACACCCGUUGUCUGAGGAAACACAGUGAGAGGUGCACGGUGACCAGCUGAUGUGUGUGCAGCUGUGCAGGCGGGGUGGUUGUUACGAGCCUGUUGUGAUUUUACAUUGCAUGCUAUUGCCGGUGGAUCAACUUAUUGUGACAAUGUGACUUUUGGCUGUGAUCGUUGAUUAGGGGCGUUGCUGCAUGCCGUUUGAUCAAUUUUGGAUUUAGUUGCACACACACGACUCGAUGACAUUGCGCUACGUUAUCAAAUAACAUCGUGAAUAGUUUUAUUUAUUGUAUUACUGGACCCUGUCGAUAAAUGGUUCGCUCAUACAACUGCAAUGGUGUGCCUCAUGGAUCGCUAUGUUGAUGUUUUGUAGUUUCAUCUGUUCAAUACAUUUAGUGUUUGCCUA